AUGCCAGCAGCCGUGUUCAACAAAGAGACCAACUUGCUGCAAAUGAAAACUGAACAUUGGUCGAUGGCAAGCUUGGCACUUAAGUCCGCAAAAAAGUCGGGAAUGAAGGUGAUGUUGCGAGUUGGAAGCUUCGGUGACUCAGAAAUGCACCCUAAGGAACUCACUAGGGUGGCCAAGAACGCGCAGCUCACAGCGAAAUUUGUGCAAGGGGUGGUCGAGUUUGUUAGCAAAUACGAUUUUGACGGGAUCGCCAUAUCGUGGAUAUGGGUUGGGUGUCCGCAGGUUGGAAUAUGCACGCAAGAUAUUGAUAGAAAAUCUGUUGUCAGCUUCUUACGUGCCUUGGCAACCCCUUUUAAAGUGACUGGCAAAACUGUAAUUUACCACAUGAACGGCGUCUUUUCGAACACUAUAAUGGUUUCUGGGGACUAUUUUAGUGAAAUUGUAGACGUUAUAGACUACUUCUACUUUGAAUGUCACUUACAAACUGCAGGAGACUGGCUUCCGACUACAGAUUUCAGCUUUAAUUUAAAGAAAACAAGAGACUUAAUCAGUGAGCUCAUGACUAAAAUUAAGAAGGGAAGCGAAUUUAGAAGAAAAUUGGUUUUAACUAUUCAACCGAAUUACAAAAAUUAUGAGCUAAGUGACCAGAAGACGUUGAAGAUUGGAACUGUAUUUGUGAAGAACAGUAAAAUGCAGAAGUCACUCAUCAUGUCCGAAUGGUGCAAGUUAAUCAAGGACCCAUCAUACCAGUUGAUCAAAAAUGCUAGCAUGCAAAACUAUGCCGUCAAGGCGAAUAAUUUGUUUAUCUUUGAUGACCAAGAGUCGCUGACAGCAAAGGUCGAUUUUGUGAUGGAGAUUGGAGCCGGUGUAGGAAUGCAUGAUUUCACUACUGAUGACGUGAAUGGAGAGUGUGGCUGCGGCAGAAUGCCUUUCUUAAGGCUGAUAGUCAACAUACUUAAAAUGGACUGUGAACCUAUUUCAUGCUUCUAAAACUUAAUCGGCACAUAC